CUUGCCAGGCUGGCUGAACCUGAGGAUGGGGAGUCAAGACUUUGACUCUUGUCAUGUUCUUGACCAAGGGCCUCCAGGGUCCUUCCCUUUCAUCCUUCCCUUCCCACCCCACCUUCCAACUAUGCUUCAAUGCCUUUUCCAUCAUGUCUCUGAACUUAAAUUUCCAAGGAGCCAUUGAAUCAUCUGCUUAUAGCCUUCUCUAACCAACAAGUGGUAUCAGAGCCCAUUAUCACGCAUUUGGGACCUAAAUUACGAUGGGAGAUAAGGAGGACUCUGGUGGAGGUGAUACUUCAGUCCAAGGAGGCAGCUCAACCCAAGAUUCUGGCAUUGCAGCGCAACGGGGAGCGCGUACAAGCCAGGGGUCACUGCUUAAGGAGGUGCUGAAGAGCUUCACCAUUGAGAAGUUCUCUGGAGAUGGCUAUGAUGAUUGGGCAUGGAAGAUGCAGCUCUACUUUCGACAAAUUGGCCUCUUGAAGCUCAUGAUUGGAACGGAGCCCAGGCCAAAGGAAAUGGCAGAGCAAGCGGACUGGGAUGAACGUUCAUCUGCUGGGUAUUAUCUACUGUCACAAAGCUUGGAGCUGAACCAGAGGCAUCACAUCAUGCAUCUGCUACCGGAAACUGAUUGUGGGCCCAAGGCAUGGGCAGUGCUCAAGGACCUGCACGCUCCGACAUCGGUUGCCGCUUCUCUCAUGCUGGAUCGGGAGCUGUCCAUGCUGCGGUUGAGCGAGAAUGAACCUGUGCAGCCCGUUCUGGACAAGAUGAGGGAACUCUACGCGAAAUUGGCGAUUGCGGGCAUCACGUACCCUGAGCAGACUAAGUGUCUCAAGAUGCUCAGCCUGCUGCCGGAGUCUUGGCUGCAAUUUAUAAGCGGACUCAGCUUGCCACAAAACCAAAGUCAAUGGACAUUGGAGUGGAUUCGCACCAAGAUUCUGGAAGAAGAUUUUCGUCGCUACACACUGCGCGGAGGUGAUGACAGCACCAGCGGCUAUGCCAUGCAAGGGACAUGGAGGGAUCGAGGGCGUGGCAAUCGCGGUCGCUCUUACUACAGCCAAGGUGGUCGCGGGACUUGGAACCAGCGGGGGCGUGGUGGCGCUGGUGCAAGAGGAAGAGGUGGUCACUCCAACAAUGACAACAGUGAACCACGCUUGAGGGGAGAGUGCUGGUAUUGCAAGGAAGAAGGGCAUCCAUGGUUUCGCUGCUCUACCAAGCCCGACUGGUGGACCCCUUGGAACCAAUCGCAAAAGGGGAAUGGAGGAAAGCAACCACGUGGAGGUGCCAACAUGGUAGCUGAUCCUGCUGAAGAAACCUCCAAGGAUGACAGAGGAAUGGGAAAUGAGGAGAGGAAUGCUGGACAGUUCUACCAUGUGUGUGACAAAGAUGACAGUGGCACAGCUGUUGCAAGGGCUGGAGAGGAAUUGCACCCGCUUGACAUGUGGGUCAUGGACUCUGGUGCUGCAUGGACAAUGACACCACGCAAGGAUUUGCUGGAUGCUGUGCGAGCGCCUCCAAUCUCUGAAGUGCGCUCAGCAUCCGGACAUGCAGUGAAGGUCGCUGGAGUUGGUCGAGCUGCAUUCAGAGCACCUGAUGGUGGACUGGUUGUGCUGAAGGAUGUGUUACUCGUACCGGGGCUGAAGGCCAAUCUGAUAUCGCUGCGCAAGCUAGGCCAGGCCGGAGUCAGCACCACCACCAAUGGAUCCAAAACAUUCAAGGGGCUGCGAGGAGAUCGUGUGUUAUGGGAUUUACACGAAAGCAGGGAUGUCUUCAGAUCCAUGUGGCAGAUCCCUGCGCUGAUAUGGGAAUCAACAAAGAAGGAGCUGGGAGUAGUAAAGGCGGGAUCUGGAGUCCAGGGGGAGUGCAAUGCAGUUAGUGCUGCAGGAGUGAUGGUUUCUGCAAGGUCGGGGGAGACUGAUUGGGAAACCGCACACAGGCGUCUAGGGCAUGUGGCUAUGCCAUUGCUGCAGCAACUGCAUAAGGAAGAAGCAGUAAAGGGGCUGAAGCUUUCUGGGCAACCAAAUGAUACCAAGUGCGAGACGUGUCUGCUGAGCAAGUUCACACGGUUCCCCUUUCACGGCGUAGCUGGGCAGCACUGGAACUGGUGCACAUGGACCUGGUAGGACCUUUUCCAGUUCAAGGAAGAAAGGGGGAAAGAUACUUCCUAACAAUAGUUGAUGACUGGAGCCGGCUGAUGUGGGCAUACCCGUUGAAGCAGAAGGAUCAUGCUGCCUCAAUAAUACGAGAUGACUGGCUGCCACUCGCUGGCUGAACCUGAGGAUGGGGAGUCAAGACUUUGACUCUUGUCAUGUUCUUGACCAAGGGCCUCCAGGGUCCUUCCCUUUCAUCCUUCCCUUCCCACCCCACCUUCCAACUAUGCUUCAAUGCCUUUUCCAUCAUGUCUCUGAACUUGUAAGCUUCAAUCAUAGUGACUCUGAGGACUGUCAACUUCUCCUAGGGCAGAUUACCCCCCAGUGCGCCAAACGCUAUAGCUCACUCGAUAAGCUACGGAAUCGAGUGAUUCAACUUUCAGUGGAAAGCUGACGCUGCAAGCUACAACAUAUCCGAU